AUGGACCCUAAUCUUCUUAACUUUUUCGCGGUGCCCAACAACCAGACGCUGAAUCACGUGGAUCAGAACAACGACACAUCUCAACAGCAACAUGAACCUUCGACAUGGAGACCGGCAGGCUUAGAUGGUGACAUUGGAGCAUCUGGCAAUCAAGGGGGACCAUCCUACGAUUACCAGUCAACUGCACCCUCUGAUAUAUCAUUCACCCAGGCUCCGAUGCCGUCACCAUACACCAGCUCAAACAAGACCAUACUACCUACUAGAGGCCCCCCACGGGGUCAUCAACAACGGAAGCGAGAUGCCCAUGAAAGGAAGCGUACAAAGGUCGAUACCGAUUCUGCACUGGAAUCUUUAGACUACUGGAUCCGUUUUGACGACGAGGAAAAUGAGAGGACAGGAAGUUAUGAAAUUGACUUUUCGAAGCGUUACGACCCCAUGACCAAUAACACUAACACUCAUUACCGACCGGGUUACGGAUCAAGCUCAACGACACCAGGACUUGGCACUGGUAUAUAUGCAACUGCUCCUCCAUUUCAGGGUGCCGAUUACUUUGACGACAAUGCUUUAGACAAUGCUCUAUCUGAUGAUGAAGAAGGACUUGACUCGAUGAGUCUGGAGGAGCAUUUAUCAAAAAUCGAGACUAUGCCGCCUCCAGAGGUACCUCCUCGAGAAGGUCUUUACUCGACACCACUCAGUUGGGAAAAGCCAGAACCGGGUCUACGCAUGGAACCGGACUUUGGUUUAGGAAAUGCCGCAGCAGCCAUGAACGCAGGGUUCGGGCAGACCAUGUCGGGUAUGGGCAAUAAUCAGGUUUUGAGCAACGAUGAGCAAAGGAGACUUCUUGCUAUCGCGAUGAAUACUGGCCGGACACCAGCCAGUUACAUGCCCGCGAGUGGAUUUGGUUUAGGAUUUGGAGCUGGUCUUGGUACAGGACUCCCGCCCGAGUUUAAUAGCAGCAUCGACUCGCUGUUGGGAACGCCGACAGGAGACCGCAGCCAAAAGCAAACGCCUACGCCAGCCAACAGCUCGAAGGCUCCAUCUAGGAACCAAGACGUCAAGACAGAGGCAUCGAGCGAGACAGGUUUGAGUUCUGCUAGACCAGGACUUUCACGCACCAAUACUGGUACAUCCGAUUUAAAGGGCAAAGAUAAACUCAAACCAGGAGAUCGAACAGCACAUAAUGAUAUUGAGCGAAAGUAUCGAACAAAUCUCAAGGACAAGAUCGCCGAGCUUCGCGAUGCUGUACCUGCCCUCCAUUCGAUACCAGAAGAUGGAAUUGAGGAGGGUGAAAACUCACAGCGAGCGCCCAAAGUGAGCAAGGGCACUGUUUUAACAAAGGCGACCGAAUAUAUUCAGUAUUUAGAAAGGCGCAAUAGGUCCAUCAUGAAGGAACACCAAGAGCUAGCCAGACGUCUACAGGCAUUUGAGCAGCUUCUCAGUGCCUCGGCUCGACAGCCGUUCUUGAUGCCGAAUCACAGCCGGACACUCUUCGAUCCAAGAGGUUUCUGCUAG